CCCCGCCCCCAAGAUGGCCGCGCCCAUAUGCCGCUGUGGACCGCCGCAGCUGCUACUGCCGGUUUUCUGAGUAUCUAAAGAAAGACUUUUGGGGGACGGAGGGGGAACCUGGCCCCCAGGGAACGCAGCGAUAAGGAGUCCAGCCGCGCAGGAGAAUGAAUUUGGGAAGCUGGCUUCGGAGGCGGCGGGCCCGUGUCUCUUCUACAGUCCGCGAGGAGCCCGCUCAUCUCCUGCCGCCUGAGGCGCCUCCCCAGCCUUUUCUCUACUUGUCACGGAAAAUGGUCGCACGCUGUUGUCGCCCCAUCUAGCCGCAGAGUGUGCUACGUCAGAACCACUGUCCCCGGAUGGCGCCAUGUUACCCUUUGGCAACAUGUUGCCCCGCCUUCCCCAAUGCUACCGCGCGUGCGCCGAACUCAGACCUUCUGUUCUCGCGCCUCUAGGAGGGAAGUGCUCUUCCGACGCCCAAGGCGGUGCGAGUUGACGCUGGCCGUAGUUAUCUGCCGUGAGACUUCGGGUUCCCGGGUCAGGGUUCAUAACAGAUCACAACUCACCAGCUUCACAUGCCAUCUGAUCUACCAUGGGCUUCCUUAGUUAAGUCUGCAGAAGACCCAGUCUGAGACCUCCGAAGAGGAAUAUUACCAAAACUGAGAAAAUGCAAGUAGACAGAAGAGGAAAGGUGACGCCAGCCCUCGAAGGCAAGCAGUGUCAGCAUUUUCAUAACCGUCCUUCCUCAGCACACGCGUGUUGCUUAGCAAAGGAGAUCCUGCUGCCCUUGCUUUCCUGUGAACUGCUUUGAAAUAGGUUAAGAAAUGAGAACAGGAUUUUCACUUUUUUUUUCCCCCCAUGGCCACAGUCGCGGCACGUGGAACAGGGAUUGAACCCGAGCCACAGCUGUGGAGCUGCGGCACUGCCUGAUCCUUGAACCCGCUGCACAGGGUCGGGCCUCAAACCCACGCCUCCACAGCGCCCCGAGCCGCUGCAGUCAGGGUCGUGACCCACUGUGCCACAGCGGGAACUCCUCCAUUGCAUUUCCCAAGCCCAUGUAGCAUUUCCCAUGUUAUGUGUCUUAGUUUUGGGCCGAGUCCCAUUUUGCUAGAGGUUUAGUUGCUUCCAGAUUGGUGAAUAGUUAACAAACCCGUGCCCACUUAUGGCUGCUUUUCGAUGAUAAAUUUCCAGGCAUAAAAUUCUCGAGGGAAAGGAGGCAUCAGGUUGUUAACGGCUUCUGAUUAGGUGUCUCUAAAUACAAGUCACACGUCUGUCCAGCAAGAGAAAAUAAAUUCAUGUGCAAAGCUCCCAGGGGAACAGGCGGCAGCUACCGGGCAGUUUCCAGGUCCUCCCCGGGGCCCGGGUGAUGGCGGUUAGGCUGGGGACGUGGCCUCACAGCCAUGUGCACUGAUGCCCACCCUCCUGCUUCUUCUGCCUCCGUAGAUCGUCAUCCUUUGCGUGGGUGGAACGGGUUGGCCAUGUCCCAGGCUUUCGUGAGAUGAAAAGGCACCCAAUUCAUUUUGUGAAGCUCCUUAGCUUUGAAUUUGAUAAAGAUUCCACAAGAAAGGCAAUUAUAGAUCAGCGUUGCUUGAGAAUACGGAUGCUGGAGUUCCCGUUGUGGCUCAGCCGGUUAAGACCUGACAUAGUGUCUGAAACGUCAGCCUUCAGGGACGUGUUUGUGAACUUCACCUUGGAGGAGUGGCAGCAGCUGGAUGCCGCUCAGAAGACCCUCUACAGGGAUGUCACGCUGGAGAACUACAGCCACCUGCUCUCCGUGGGAUACCUCGUGGCCCAGCCAGAGGGGAUCUUCAGCUUGGGACAAGCAGAGGGGGCCGGGAAGGCAGACGGAGAAGCCCCAACGCGGAGCGGACCAGAAUUCUGGCAAGCUGAUGACCAGAUAGAUAACUACAAAGAACGCCAAGACAAACCUCUGUGGCAGACUGCAUCCAAAGGCAAUGAAACACUGAAGGAUGGAAAUGGCCAAGAAUUCAGAACGUGCAGAAAAAUCACUUAUCCAGCUCAACCUGGAGAGAAAAUCUUUGAGCCUAAUCAACACGGAAAAGCCCUCUACCAUAAGCAAGCCCUUAAUAAAAGUCCACAAACUCAAACUGGUGAGAAACUCUAUAAGUGUUCUGAAUGUGGAAAAGUGUUUAUCCAGAAAGCAAACCUUGUUGUACACCAGAGAACUCACACCGGAGAGAAACCUUAUGAAUGCUGUGAAUGCACAAAAACCUUUAGCCAGAAAUCAACCCUCAUUGCACACCAGAGAACUCAUACAGGGGAGAAGCCCUAUGAAUGUAACGAAUGUGGGAAAACAUUUAUCCAGAAGUCAACUCUGACUAAACAUCAGCGAACUCAUACAGGAGAGAAACCGUUUGCAUGUGGUGAAUGUGCAAAAGCUUUUAAGAGUUCAUAUCACCUUAUUAGACAUGAAAAAACACACAUUAGGCAAGCAUUUUAUGAAGGUAUCAAAUGUGCUAAGUCCAGCCUUAUACAUCAAAGGACUCAUAUGGGUGAGAAACCUGAGUGCAAUAAACAUGGGAAAGCUUUUGAUGAGACACCUACCCCCACUAAACAUCAGAGAACUCAUGCAAGAGAGAAACCUUAUGAGUGCAAUACAUGUGGAAGAGACUUCAGGAGAAAGUCACACCUUUCUGUUCACCAGAGAAUUCAUACAGGAGAGAAACCCUAUGAAUGCAGCAUAUGUGGAAAGACUUUCAGUGGAAAAUCACAUCUCUAUGUCCACCAUAGAACUCAUACAGGAGAGAAACCUUAUGAAUGCAGACGAUGUGGAAAAGCAUUUGGCGAGAAGUCAACCCUUACUGUACAUCAGAGAACGCAUACAGGAGAAAAACCCUAUCAGUGCAAUGAAUGUGGGAAAGCCUUCAGUGAAAAGUCACCACUGAUUAAACAUCAGAGAAUUCAUACAGGAGAGAGACCCUAUGAAUGCAGUGACUGUAGGAAAGCAUUCAGUAGGAAGUCAACUCUCAUCAAGCACCAGCGAAUUCAUACAGGAGAAAAACCCUACGAAUGUAGUGAAUGUGGGAAGGCCUUCAGUGUGAAAUCAGCUCUCAUUGUACAUCACAGAACUCAUACAGGAGAGAAACCUUAUGAAUGCAGAGAAUGUGGCAAAGCCUUCAGUGGAAAGUCAACUCUAAUUAAACAUCAAAAAAGUCACCCAGGAGAUAAAACCUAUUAAUAUACUUCAGAGUGAGAUAAUUUACUAAUUAUACCUCAUUAUAUAUAUCAAUUCAUCCUGGGUAGUAACCUUAUAAAUAUUAAGAAUGUCAAAAACUCUUCACAAACUAUCUAAUGUUCAUUUAACUUAAACAGCCCAAAAGCAUAAUUCCAGAAGCAUAUAAUAAAUGCGAUCAAUUUUUCACCCAGAAUCCGUACACACGAGUGGAGAACUGUACCUCAGAGAAUUCAAAAGUGGCAAAAUUAUGAAUAUAUUGAUGUGGGAAAGACUUUAGAAAGAAUUUAAAUGUCAUUGCCUGUUAUUUACGCUGCGGGAACAACUUAAGAACUUAAUGAGUUGAGAAAACUGUUAGAAAUUAUGAGAGAAAUAUAUUCCAUAUUCUAUACCAUGCAUUUUGCGGGAACGGUACAGAGGUUUCAGACAAGCACUCAGUCAUAACAUUAAGCUAUGUUCAUUGUGGAGUACAGUAUGACAUUUCUGAAAGAACAAUAAAAAGCAUAAGAUUUUUCAUUCUAAUGAGGGCAAAAUCCCAGUUUAUUUCUUAAACGGAAAAACUGUUCCCUUAGGUGGUGUGAGGGAGGCUGAAUCGUCAUGAUUCCUGAAACAGAGGAGCUCAAACAGGAGAUCUUACAGUUACUCAUCAACACCUUUAGGGCAGAAAUGCAAACCCUUUACAGAAAAGGCAUAUGGUAGCUUUGACACACCUCACUUAGGAAUGUGGCUUCCAAGUUAAUCUUUAAGAAUAAUCAUUUUCUGCCACAUUUUGUGAGUUAAUGAGAUUUUUAAUUUUCAGAUUGUCUCCCUUCAUGAAAUAUUAUUUAAACGAAAAUGAAAUUGAAUAUCGAAUAGUCAAUUGAGUAAAAACUGACAUAUCAGUAAGGUAGAAUAGUAUGCACCAACUAAAAAUUACCUUUUCUUAUGUUUUAGGAUUUGGGGAAAUGUUCAUGGUAAUUGACUACGUGAAAAAACAUUAUAAAAAAUGUACCACAUGAUUUACAUUGUAAAAAAAAAAUACAUCAAGGUUGGAUAUGCACCAUUAUAUCAGUGAUUCUGGGUGGCAGAGAGAUAGCAGUUUUAUGCUGAGUGAAAUUAUAUUCACAUACAAAUGUAUACAUAUAUAUUUAUUUUCUAUUUGUAUCUUUUAGGUGUUUGUGUAUAGGUAGAUACAUAGAACAAAAAGCUAGGAAGGAAAUACACCAAAUUAUUAAACAGAUUAUCCAGAUCAUCACUCGGGUGGUAGGACUAUUGAUUUUUUUGUAUGUAGUCUCUAGAAACUACCAAUAAAAUUAAUUGGUUUGUU